AUGUAUUGCCCAAUUUGUAUCAAAGAUUAACCUCACCUAUUUAUAUAAAAGUCUUGUUCAUGUAAAUUUUGUUAUUAGUGUGCAUUGAAUUGGAUUGAAGAAUUAAUCAAAUAAAAAUAAAAUAUAAAGUCUUUUAAAUGCUUAAAUUACUAAUGCAAAGAAGAAAUAAGUUUAAUGAAAUUUCAUUAAUCAAUUGUUUCUAAGAAAAUAGAGAAUAGAUUUUAAGAAAUUAUGUUUAAAAAUUAUUUAUAAAGAACCUAAGAUGUAAGACCUUGUCCAAAUAAAGCUUGUAAUAAUUAUUGUUUUCUACCAAAAUCUAGAUGUAAAGAGGAGUUUGUUUGUGAUUAAUGCAGUAAAAUGUUUCAAUAAUAGAAGAUUUCGUUUGGGUUGAUAAAUAAUAUUUACCUUACAACAAAUUACUUUUCAUAAAUUUCAAUCAAGUUAAGAAUAAUAUUUUUUCAAUAGUAUUCAAAUUUUUCAAAACAUAAAAUUGUCCUAAAUGCAAUGUUUAAAUAAUGAAGAAUGGAGGUUGUAGACAUAUGACAUGUAAAAAAUGUUUAGUUAAUUUUUGUUGGUAUUGUAAAAACUAUUUAGAGGGACAUGAUGAUGAUGUAUGUAGUAAAUCAAUAAUUUCAUAUUACUUAUUGAUCCUAUAUAACACUUUAAUUACAUUAUAUCUUGUAGGUUUUCAUUUAUAUCUUAUUUUACUCAUGUAUCCUUUGUAUUUAUUUGCUAUUGUAAUUAUUUACAAUUUGUAUGUAUUUAUACCAUUUAUACUAAUUGCUACUAUAACAGGUGCAAUUUUAAGAUUUAAAAUUGAAAUAAAAAAUAGGAAAAAAUAUGUUAUGGAUUGUAUUUAUGGACUUUUGAUAGAAGGAUUAAUCUAUUUAAUUGUUUUUAUAGGAAUUGAAUUACUUGAAGUAAGCAAUUAGUAAUUAAUGAAUUACCAUUAUUAUUAAGGUAUUAUAAUUGGUAUAUGUGGAACAAUGAAACUAAUACAUUAUGGAUUGAAUAAGUUGAUUUUCAAGAUUGGCUUUAAUAUUUGA